AAACAAGUAUAAAAUGGGAAAUGGCACCGUUUGAUUCACCUCAGGCUUUUCGGUUUCCUUCUUUUGUCUUAUUCCUCCUUUCAAUUCGCGUUAAGAGCAAACCCCUCUCCGUAAAACGUUAACAAUGGCGACGAAUCCAGCCGCAGCGGGGAACACCGUCACCGAACCAAACCCUAACCCUAACUCGAGUACCAAAUCCUCUGUGUACUUCCAAGACAUGGAUGAACUCCAGCGAGUUUUCAACCGCUUCGAUUCCAACGGCGACGGCAAGAUCUCCGUCAACGAGUUGGACAACGCCCUCCGCACGCUCGGAUCUGGCGUCCCGCCGGAGGAGCUCCAGCGCGUCAUGGACGACCUCGACACCGACCACGACGGCUUCAUCAACCUUCACGAGUUCGCUGCCUUCUGUCGCUCCGACACCGCGGACGGUGGCGCGUCCGAACUCCGCGACGCCUUCGAUCUAUAUGACCAGGACAAGAACGGACUCAUCUCCGCCGUGGAGCUCCACCAGGUGUUGAACCGUCUCGGAAUGAAAUGCUCGGUGGAGGAAUGUCACAACAUGAUCAAAUCCGUGGAUUCCGACGGCGACGGAAACGUUAACUUCGAGGAGUUCAAGCAGAUGAUGUCCAACAAUCGUGUGAAUGGCAAUGGCUGCGCCUCUUAGAAGGACAAUCGGCACUUUGGAUUUGCAAUUUGCUAGGCACCUUCCUCAAUAUCCAACUAACAGAUCUGUAACUUCCCUGUUAUUAUUAUUCUCCUAGUUUCCUCUUUAUAAAUAACUCUGUUCAAUCGCUGCGCAGAAUUAGAAACCAAAUGAAAAAUAAAUCUUAUGGUUGCCUUUUCGUUAUUGGUGAAUUCAAAAUGUGCAUGGUAAUUUUGUGCUAAGUUUUCGAUGAUUUUG